GAUUGAAGCAUGAUUGAAGUAUUGAAGAAGGAAGAUGUGUUUUCGUUUUGUGUAUUGAAGUGUAAAAGUGUAUAUAAACAAGAAUCAAUUUUCCAAGUUUGCAAUUCAUGAAUAGAAAAUAUCAUAUUAGUUCAUAAUGGAACAUGAAACGGCGGUGUUUGAGAAUCCACCAAAAUUGAAUUUAUUGAAAUAAAGAAGGAGCCAGAAGUAGAUACUGAAUUAUUUCGAUACGAUGAAGACGCAACACACAAUGUUAUGUAUGCAGAAGGUGUAAAAAUUAAGCAAGAAAUAGAUCUACAUAACAUAAAGUAUGAAUCUGAGAAUAUAUCUCAUGAACUUCUCAUCAAAAUUGAAAAUCAUUCUGGCAGUUUCACAAACCCAAAUGCAGAUACACUUUUAAAUAGUGCCGAGAAACAGAAAAAAUCAGGAAGAAAUGCGAACAGAAACGCAUCUGAAAGUAGUUAUAAUCUUCACACUUGUGUACACUGUAACAUGACAUUUGAAAGUAAAAGGAAUCUCGACAAUCACAUAGUAGAAAAACAUUGUCAUAAAAUACACCAAUGUACAAAUUGCAAAUUCAAAACUACUUAUAAGUGUAGCUUGGAAAGGCAUAUGUUGAAGCAUACUGGAAACUACAAGCUCAUUAAGUGUGAAUAUUGUGAUGAAACAUUUAAAACAAACCAAGUUUUGAAUAGUCAUAUCAUUCAAAAACAUCCUGAACACAUAUCUUCUCUAUCUCAAAAAGUAUAUGAAUGUAAAUAUUGUACAUACAAAACUAUUGGAAAAUAUCAACUAGCUAGACAUAUGUUGCAACAUAAAGAAUCAUCAGUAGAUGAUACUCUUAAUAUGUGUUCACACUGUAGGUCAGCAUUUGUAAAUAAAGAAACACUGGAUGCCCAUAUACUCAAAAAACAUCCAAAAUUUGCUAUAACCAUUUCUAGUGAAAUAUUUAAAUGCCCUCAUUGCAAAUUUCAAACUACAAUGAAACUUGAUCUCAAUAAACAUAUGCUUCAACACCCAACAAAAAAAGUUGGUCGCAACAUGCUUACAACAUGUUGCCACUGUAAUGCAACAUUUAAAGAUCUCCAAAAUUUAUCUGAGCAUAUUAUUAAAAAGCAUCCAGAGUUUAUAUCAACUGUGUAUCAUAAAAUACAUUGUUGUACAAGUUGUGAAUUCAAAACUACAAAAAAGAAUAGAUUAACUAGACAUAUGUCGACACAUUCCUCUCAAGUGUCUGAUAAAAACAAUGAGGUGCCUGUUAGAAAAAAAAUUUGCCCUACAUGUGUUCAUUGUAACACUACUUUCAAAAUUAUGAAGAGUCUGAACAAUCACAUACUUAGAAAACACCCUGAUCAUUCUGAAUCUGUCUCAUCUACAUCUCAAAUUCUGCAUUGUAUGCACUGUUCCUACCAAACUCUUUGGAAGAAAGUUUUGAUAGAACAUAUUUUGACACAUUCAAAGCUUCAGUCUUGUUCAUAUUGUAUUGAAUCUUUUAAAUCUAAAGGAGAUUUAAACAGUCAUAUAUCUGAAAAACAUGCGCGUAAAAUACAUCACUGUACAUAUUGUGAUUUUACAAGUUCCUAUGGUACUUGCUUAAAAAAACAUAUGAUGAAACAUACUGGGAAUUAUAAGCUUGUUAAGUGUAAAUAUUGUGAGGAAACAUUCAAAAAGACUGAAACUCUAAAUAGCCAUAUCAUUAAAAACCAUCCAGAAUUUGUUGACUCAAUUUCACAUAAGAUUUAUGAAUGUCCAAGUUGUGUAUACAAAACUGUUAGCAAAUAUCUGAUGUCUAGGCAUAAGUUACAACACCCAGAAUCUGGGAACGAUAGUCUCAUUUUUUGUCCCCAUUGCAAUGGCAGUUUCACAGAAAAAGAUGAUUUAGACGAGCAUAUAUCCAAACAACAUUCCGAAUUAGUGGGAUCUGUUACUAAUAAACUAUAUGGCUGCAAACAUUGCACAUUUAAAACUGUCAGUAAACGUCAUUUAGUUAGUCAUAUGCUUGAGCAUCCUGAGUCUGAUAGUCUGUUAAAGUGUCCACAUUGUAAUGUGGUGUUUACUAAUAAAAAAUUUUUGGAUGGCCACACGCUCAAGAAACAUCCGCAGUUUAUUGAGACGCCUAUAUAUACGUGCCCGCAUUGUACGUUUUUAACUACUAGGAAAGGUGUUCUAGCUAAACAUGCCAGAAAACAUUUUAAUAAAUAGGCCACUCUAUUUUAGUCAAGUAUUCCUAUCUACAAAAGCGGAUAUGUUUCGCCCACCCAAAAGUCCAUUUCUGGAUGAAUAUAUUAUAUACAUAUAUUUGAAAAUUAUUUAGUCAUGUAUAUUGAUAUUUUAGUUCUUUUUUGACUGUAUGCCGACCUUUUUGGUGAUUGCUUUAAGAGAUUCUAGGUAAUAAUGCGCACUCGUAAAAACUAUUCAGUCAACGUGUUCGUUCCCGUGCUAUUUUUUAUAUUUCAGCUUUUUAUUAUGUGAUGCAAGUGUAUGAUUUCUUCAUAAUAAAAUUUACCUUAAAUA